AAUACAUUAGGACUUACGAUGCACGCUACAUCAAUAAAAGACUUUAUAAAUAUCAGUUUCGUCUAGGUCUUUUUUGCCGAUCUCCACUUUCACCCUGUAACCUAUAGAUUCGCUCUUCUCAUAUUCUCAAUGGAUAAAGAAUCCGCCACCCCGUCUGGAGCAGCUUCGAAUGCGAUUAAGGCCACGGCGCAUCUAAAGGAAGUAGUGAACAGAGAGCCGAGAGAUGAUUUGGAGAAACAUAAGAAAGACAUAACCGAGAAAAAAACACCUGAUGUGAUAGAGAUGUUGAAAGGAUUGGUUGAUCUUCUUGAGAAGAUGGAAGAAAAGGUGGAUCAUCGUCUUCAGAAGAUGGAAGAAAAGGUGGACUGUCGUCUUCGGGAGAUUGAAGAAAAAGUGGAUAUGUUGAUCUCAUCGGUUAGUUUAAUGAAAACUGGCAGUGUAAAGGCGGCCGAGGCAGACAACAUGUCUGUGGAUGAAUCAUCUUCUUCUGAUGAUGAUGAUGAAGAAGAGCCUGUCCAGAGAAAUUAUAGAGCAAAUACUAAAAAGGCGACCACCACUACUAGUUUUGGUCCUUUUGUUCGUGGUCGUGGAUAUGGUCCUACUAGUCUUAAUGUUGGUGGCCCUUUUUCCGGUGGUCGUUGUGGCGGUCGUGGUGAGUGUAGCUUCUGUUGAGGCUUUUGGUGGUGGAGGAAGAAGAGACCUGGUUCUGUUACUCAGCUUCAACGAUUAUGUUGGUUCCUGCACCUUGUUUGAUUUUUCUUACUUUUGAGUAAUUGAAGUAUUGUCUUAAAUCAACAGGCAUGAGCUUGUCUAUGUAGCUUUUUUUUUUCCUUGAAGUUUGUCUUUAGAAUCUCAUC